CCCCCUCCUGCUUGUGAAGACCGACCGGCUUGCGAUGUGACUUGCAGCUCACCGCGAUCCAUUCCAAUCUAUGCGCCACGUUUAAUCAAGAGCAGUGAUCGCGAUGUCUUUUUACUCCCAGGAUGCUCGCCGCCGGCGGGUCGGAGCCGGAGCCGGCUUCAGCGCCACUGGUAGACGGACCGUCCUGGGAUACUGGGUGCCUCUCGCAGUCACGGUAGGCAUCGCAACAAUUAGCAUUGCGGCCUGGGUCUGGAGCGAACGCAGGGAUGACGAUGACGAUAAUGACCGCGACGCCCCCCGAGACGAUGAAAGCUUCCCCGCUCCCGGCCCCGGUGCGGAGGGAUACACUCGCAGCGAAUAUGCGGACGAGUAUGCCCAAACAACAGCAACGGAUAUACAUGGCAGUAUCUCGGAUGAUGCUAGCAUGAUGGCGCGCAUGCAGGGAGCUUUGCGUCGCACCCCCAGUCCUCAGCAGAUCUUCGACGGUGCGAGCAAAAGGGUGGCGGCGGGCAUGGCGGCUGCGGGAGCUUUCGUGGGUGGUGCGCUGACAUCGAUUCGAGAGGAGGAUAGAGGUGACUUUGAGGAUCAUUCUCGUUGGUCGGAAGAGAUGGAAUCGAGAGCUCAUCGGGCGGAGCAGCCGGCGCCGACAAUGACUGGGGCUUUGCCCAGUCGCGACAUUGUCGGGGGCCCAACGCCUGCUAACAAGAAGAAGACCGUCGCAAUUGUUGUCUCUUCGGAUUCAAUGCCAGUUGACCCUGAUGAGAUCACUUCUCACCAUGUAUCUAUCCUUUCCCACCUCCCCGAACACGUCAACCUAGAUACGGCCAGAGUAUUCAUCAUGAUCUAUGCGCCGGGUUUGAAGCAUGCUCCCAGCCAGGGCGGCUCGUCUCAACCUACCUUGUCUGUUACCUCAUCCUACUCCAACAUUGCCCCCGAAGAGGCUACAGCUUCUGGUGACCUGCCCGGCGAAGAGUCGCCCACGGAAUCUCGCCAGGUCGAUGAACCGGAGGGCGCAACACCACUAUUUAAGACAAUGUAUACUCAGGCUCAGGCGAUUGUUGAGAAAGAGAACACGAUCAUGCCCUUCAGUACUGCGACAGGGUACGUGCACCUUGUUCGUCACCUCUCUCCGGAUACGGUCUAUGUCCAGGAGUCUUUGGCCGGGCGCGACGGAGAGUCUGUACAACUUAUCUCUGGAUGGGUCCGACAGGUCGUGGUUGUCGUCGGGGGGGAAGGCGGUCGCGGGGGCUUGGUUGACAGCGAUGAUGAGUCCGCUCUUGCCGAUAAGGGUGAGAGAUGGUGGCAGAAGGAGGGCACCACUGGCAUCGGCAAGCGGGUUAAUGUGGUGGAUGUCCACCGGAUUGGCGAUGAUUGGCGACGACGGGUAUCUGGACUUGACUAGAGUCUAGCUGUGCGAUGCUCUCAUUCUUUGGCAUCUAUACGACGUCUAUGGUUACUCUCUUGGCCUCUCCUCCUGCUAUUGUUAUGACUGUUUUGUUUUAGUUCUUUGAUUCCCCUGUCUUGAUGUGAUGAAGAGUGAUUUUCCUAGAUGGUUUAAGCCUGUGUGAAUAUUGAUGGCAUGCCGACCGCGAGGACGGAUCUGUCUUCUACGGAAGACGUGUGAAUGACACGAACCCUUGGACAUAGCG